AUGACCAACCCGUCAGCAGCACCAGUUUCAACCAAGUUCCUAAACGUCCUUGUCAUCGGCGCAAAUGGCUACCUUGGAACUGCCAUUUGCAGCGCCUUUCUACGAACCAACGCUCCACCAACCUCCUUUCGAGUCCACGGCCUCAUCCGCCGCGAAUCAGCCGCCCACCAACUGGCAAUGAACGAAGUCAUCCCCAUCAUCGGCUCUCUCUCCGAGCCCGACAUGGUCCGCACGGCUGUCUUGUCCCACAGCCCUGUCUGGGACAUAAUCGUCACCUGCACCGAACCCUCCAGAGCCACCGAAGCAGCCCACUGGUCUGACCUCUUGGCGUUCAUCCAGGACUUGGCCUCGGAAUCCGCCUCCCACGGGGUUCGCCCCUUCGUCCUCUGGUCGUCCGGCUGUAAAGACUACGGCACGACAGGAUUACACGGUGAAAAGAGCCUCACGCCGCAUUCGGAAGACUCACCGCUUCAGUCUCACCCCAUCAUCCGCGGCCGGAUGGACGCCGCGUUGCGCGUUCUUGAGGUGGCCGGUGCCGAAGGAUCCGACUUUACGGCUGCCGUGGUGAGGGCUACACCUGUCUUUGGAUACAGCGGGAGCUACUACGGCGCUGCGUUCGAUUAUGCCGCGGCAUUUGCUGGUGCCUUCGGGAAAGAUGAUAUCAGGAGUCGAACCCUGGACUUCACGUCAGAUGAGGGGACGAUCAUGCAUGGAGUUCACGUUGAUGACUGCGGUGAAGGGUACGUGGCCCUGGCGACGGCGGCUCUACCGGACGAUGAUCGUAGACGGAGAAUCGCUGGCAAAGUCUUCAACAUUUCUGGGAGGAGAUAUGAGACAUUGCGCGAAGUAGGCGCCGCCUUAGCGCAGGAGUAUGGAUUCGGACACGGAGCGAGGUUCGGUCUAGCUCAAGACGAGCUGCCAGAAGCGGUUUCUGGGCAUAAUUGUGGACUCGUUUUUGGCUGGAGCCAAUGGGUGAGCAGUGAAAGGAUUCGGAACCUGACCCAUUGGUGUGACAAACGGUCGCUCUUCUCAGAGAAUAUCGGUGUCUAUAGGCUGGCUUAUGAAGCUGCUGUUGAGGCUGGAUUGGAUGACGUGGAAAAAGUGAAAAGACGGAUGGCUGGGAACUGGGGGGAUGAUCACAAGGCUGCGGAGUAG